AUGGAUGUGGCAACAUUUGGAUCCACGUGUUCGCCGGCGUCAGCGCAGCACGUUAAAAAUAAAAAUGCGGAAGAAUUCGCUGACCUUUUCUCACGAGUAGUAGAGGGAAUUCUGAAAAGCCACUAUGUGGAUGAUUAUCUCGAUAGUUUCGAGAAUGACGAAGAAGCCGAGCGAGUGUCGCGAGAAAUUGCAACGAUACACCAGAAAGGAGGAUUUUAUCUUAGGACAUGGGUAUCAAACAGUGCUGGAGUUCUUCGUGGACUGAAGGAGGCGUCCGCUAACCCUAGCAAAAGCCUAUGGUUGAACGCAGCGGACAGAGGCGAUCUCGUGUUGGGCAUGCUCUGGCAGACUUCAGAGGACGAGUUGUUCUCGAUGGAAAUUAAAGAAGAGAUACAACUGGUGAUAGAUAACGGUAAGCGGCCAACCAAAUGUCAGAUGUUAAAAUGCCUAAUGGACGUAUUCGAUCCACUGGGAUUGCUGAGUGUGUCUCUCGUUCAUGGAAAGAUUCUCCUUCAGGAUGUAUGGCGAGCUGGAUUGCAGUGGGACGAACAGGUAACAGAAGAAAUAUUCGAUCGUUGGGUCAGGUGGACCGGUCUGUUCCACAAAAUCAGAGGCCUGCGGAUUCAACGGUGCUACUUCAAGGAAGCGAAUGUGCAGUUGUAUGAUCAUCUUCAAUUGCACGUUUUCGUCGAUGCAAGUAAAGUCGCUUUCUCCGCCGUAGCGUACUUCAGAGUGAUCAACACGGAGGGCAAAGCAGAGUGCUCGAUAGUCGCGGCCAAAACAAAGGUUGCACCGCUGAAGCCACACUCGAUUCCUCGCAUGGAGCUACAAGCAGCAGUUCUGGGCAGCGGUUUGAUGUCGUUUGUUGAGGAGAAUCACAGCGUGAAGGUGAAGCAGCGUUUUCUGUGGAGUGAUUCCGCCACAGUGUUCGCCUGGUUACGCGCCGAUCAUCGUCGGUACACGCAGUACGUAGCAUACCGAGGAAGGGAGGUAUUGACAACGACAGUCCUCCCAGAAUGGCACUGGGUCCCAAGUAAGCUAAACCCUGCAGAUGCAGCAACAAAGUGGGGUAAGAAUCCGUGCCCGGAAGAAACAGACAAGUGGUUUAAAGGACCCGAAUUUCUUCGGCUAGCCAAGGAGAAUUGGCCGAAGCAACCGAAACCUUCAAAGGUACCUGAAGAGGAAAUGAGACCCUGCUUUCUGAUCCAGGGGUCAACUAUUCCGGAGGUUGUGAUAGAUUUUUCUAGAUUCUCUAAGUGGCUACGAUUGCUAGGUGCAGUUGCAUACGUACACCGUUUCGUGGACAAUUGUAGGCGUAGAUGUCGAAGAGAGACGCCGGAAUUGCUGCAUCUUAGUCAAGAGGAACUGAAGUAG